CGUGAUCGUGCAGCAGAACAUCUGACAACAGAAUCGUGCGUCCCUUUCGGGUUACAGUUGAUACACAGACAGGGUUCGGUCGAAACUUGGUGUGAAGAAGCACGGUCUUCCUAAAUAGCCGAAGCGUGUAAUUAGAGCAAUAGCUUCUCAACAACAGCAAUAUGAUUCUGAUGUAGCAGAUGGGAAUGCCUUCUGCCGCCUGCUUUCUCGGAAACACGGUCGUAUGCUCUUCGUUGGGUGCUGAGGAUGAGCGGGAGCUGCUGAUCCUGGAUCAGUGUUGAAUGCCGCAGCAGAAGAAAAGGCUGAGGAGGAAGAAGGAAUAGAAGCGUCCCCCCUCGUCCGCUUUUUUCGCUCCCUCUCCUGUCAUGACUGUCAGGCUUUGACAGGAAAUGAUGGAAGGGUAAAAAAGGGGGGCGGGACCAGAGGGGCGCGCAGAGCAGGAGGGGGCCCGAGGGGGCCGCGAGAGAGGGGGAGAGAGGCGCGGGGGAGGGGGGGGGGCGCUCCGGAGGUGGGGCGGGGGGGCAGCCCAGGUGCCACCAUUUCCCGGGUGGCUUUGCGGGCGCGGCGGCGGAGCGCGCUGUCCCGCCUGGAGCUGCUGUGGAGGAUGACCAGCCUGUUCCGCCGCAGCGGCAACGGCAGCGAUGGCGCCCCGCGGGGCGGGGGCGGGGGCGGGGGGGCGGACCCGCGCUCCGGCGAGCUCAACAACGGCCGGCCCGCCCGCCACGUGCGCCGCCUGGAGUUCGGCCAGGCCAUGGACGACUUCAAGACCAUGUUCCCCGGCAUGGACUACGAGGUCAUCGAGUGCGUGCUGCGGGCCAACGGCGGCGCGGUGGACGCCACCAUCGACCAGCUGCUGCAGAUGAGCGUCGACGGCCCGGCGUCCGACGACAGCUCCGACACGGACGACAGCAUCCCUCCCGAGAUUCUAGAGCGGACGCUCGAGCCGGACAGUUCCGACGAGGAGCCGCCUCCCGUGUACUCUCCUCCCACCUAUGACAUGCACAUCUAUGACAGGAAGUACCCGGAGGCCCCGCCCAGUCCGCCACCCAGAUUCGAAGCCCAGCCCCCUCCCGGUCACCGGCAGGUCCGCGGCUACAGGGAUUGGAACCCCCCGUUGCUAGGCAACCUGCCUGAUGACUUCCUGCGCAUCUUACCCCAGCAGCUGGACAGUGUGCAGAGCUCCCAGAGCAGUCUGUCCCUGCCGUCCUCUUCCUCCUCCUCCUCCUCGCUGUCCACCAUGGCGCAGCAGGUCGCGCUGGGGGGCGUGCCUGGGACCGUUGCCACGGGGUCGGAGCAGGAGAGGAAGCUGAAGCAGUACCUGGAGGAUGAGAGGAUCGCCCUCUUCCUGCAGAACGAGGAGUUCAUGAAGGAACUGCAGCGCAACCGAGAGUUCCUCAUCGCCCUGGAGAGAGAUCGGCUGAAGUAUGAGUCAAAGAGUUCCAAGUCCUAUCAUUCAUCUGCUAGCGUGGAGAAGUCCACCGCAGGGGAGCACUGUGCCUCUGGCUCUGGGGAGGCCUGCAUCCCUGUUUCCGACGAUGCCUUGUUCCGAGACAAACUCAAGCACAUGGGCAAAUCAACCAGGAAGAAGCUUUUUGAAAUCGCCAGAGCGUUCUCGGAGAAGACCCGGAGGAGGAGGACGAAAAGAAGAACGGGCCUCAAACACCAGUCAUUAGGCACUGCCACCUCCACAGCCAACCUCCUGGAGGACGUGGAGGGAACGCCAUGCGAGGAGGAGAGUCAGCUCAGGGGACGGGGUGCUCAGGAAGAGGAGGAGCCCCACAAGGAAGCGUCGUCAUGAAUUUUCCGGACGUUUCCACUUCAGGAUUUCCAUAUCAACAGUGGAACGACCUUCGGCUUUGACUCCUCUCUGACCCAGACCAGCCAGUCCCAGGUGCUAUGGGACACAUCCCCCUCACACCGCGCCCAGGGACGAGGAGCUACAUUGCACUCUGUUUGUUCGGAGGCGCCCCGUCUUCUCUCUGGGCCUAUAAUUCCAGUACUGUUGUAGUGUACAAAGUUAUCAAUUUUAUUUAGUCUAUGAAUUUAACAAGCUUUUAAGCUGUCCUUCGAUGGGCAAUAUUUUCACAGCCAUUUUCUAUCGUUUCCCUGAAUUCUCAAGUAGGAAAAGAAUAACAAUUAUUAUAUGGUUUCACGGUGUUAUGUAGUUGCCUUGAUUUGGUUCUCAUCGUUCUGCAGCCCAGGUCCAGGUGAUGUCUUCCUGGGCAGGUGAUUGGGGGGGCUGCUUAUUUAACGGGGCAGUAAAAGCAGUAGCGUGAGACUCAGGACUCCACUUGCAGGUGCAGGCUCUUCUGUUCACUUCGCUGAUGACGAUGAGCGGUGCCGCUGCCGCCGGUUGCUGCUGCUUAAAUCGAGUGCUGCGACAGGCAGCCGUAUGUAUCGAAACCUGCCUGCAAAUUUCUGAUUUGUACAUAUUGAGGUGCUGUAAAAACUUAGCUUGUGUGGCUUGACUUUCCCCUCCGGACUCCGUGGGUCAUUCGCGCACGCCGGGAGAUUCUCCUGUUUACCGUAGGUUACGUUUCUGUUCUGCCUUCUUGGUCGUGGAUAUAGGAAUGGGUCAAUGGGUCUUCCAUGCCAGAGUUCGCUUUUGAAUACGAAAAAGAACGCACUCACCCUUACUUCUGAUGGUGAUAAUUGGCAUUAAUUACGACCUACGGUGAACAAGAUUUCUAUAAACUUGACUUAGAAUAAUGAAAGGAGAUCUGCAGUGAAUGAACGCCAACCUCUGCAGUGCUAGCUUUAGCAUUCUUUUCAACAAAGUGGUUCUAUCAACCGAAAGGGGAAAUUGCAUAGAUAGAAGCCAUUAUCGAUGUUUUUUAUUAUGGUGCAAGAUUGUUUGCUCCCCUGGGUAUCCCAUCUGUUCUGGAAUGUUCCAUUCAGGGUUCUACAUGUGUGAUGAGGGCAGAGUGAUAUUUUGAGUGAUGUCAACUCUUAGCAUUUGCCAAAAUUGCCUACCCCCGCACAUACGCACACACACCAGGUGUAGAAGAGCAGCCGCACCUGUGGUACAAUGCAGUUUGAUUUGUGAGCCUAAGUUUUUUUUUUUUUUUUAAUUACAAAUCAGACAGAUUGGACAGACUUGUUCAUGCCCCUUUCAUGGGAAUGCUGAAGAGUGCCGUUUCAACAGCUCUUGUACGCCCAUAGCACCCGUAGACAAGCUGCCCUUUCCAGAGCAGUGUUUGGCAAAAUUACAGAACCAUUAACGGAUAGCUGUGGCUGUUAAAAUAGGAAUUCUUUUUUUUACUUUAGCAUGGGACUGCGCAAAAUGAGUGUUGAAUAUUGAAUGAAGGGACAUCUCCAUGGUAGAGAUGGAGAAAGAACAUUGCUCCUGUCACUGUAUUACCCGGAGUCUGCAUAAUGCUAGGACUGAACAUUCAGUAUGAAAUGGGAAGAGUGAAGAAUCCUGUUUUAUGAAGCAAAAUCUUUGCAAGUGUUAUUGUCAAUAGUAAUGUAACUAUUAGAAAAAUUUUAUAGCGAAGAGAAAAUAUGUAACUGUAAUGAAAGGCUGUGUAUGUUGCAAAUUUAUACACGAACUAAAAAAACAAGUGAGGAGGAGGAAAAAGGAGAAAGAACAAAAACUUGCUUUAUGCUUCUUGUUUAAUGCGUGAGAUUUUUAGUUCUUGAGCUGAAUAAAAUAUCCAGUUGGAUGUGUCAGUGAAGGCUGAUUGGACGGUAGGCCUGCGGCCAUAUUUGAAUGGUCUUAGAGAUGUCUGCCAUGAUUAACAGAAAAUGAAGGGAGUUGAAUGGGAUUCCCAUUAUAUUUUGUUUUUUCCAUUUCACUUGUACCAUGGAUUACAUGUAUCCGUGACUCACCUUCUACAGACCCACCCUGCAUGAAGGCAUCUGAAUUCCGAAUAGGUCGUAUGAGAGAGGUGAACAGGUUUGAACAACCUCCCUCAUGGAUUUAAUUCCAGGUGACUGAUUUCAUGGCUGUGCACGUGCACCGCGCUUUCCAUGAGGAACACGUGGACCAGUACUUGCACUCCCUUUGCUCAUUUUACCAGGUGGGCUGUCCUCAGUUCACCAGUUGUCCGCUUGCCAGUUACGCCUGAAUGUGUGUGCUUGUGUUUUUUUUUUAUGUUAGAUGGCAUGUGUGUCAUAAACAAGUGGCUAAUUCUGUGAAUCCGUUGUCCUCAUUCUCACGUUCUGCGAAUGAGUGCGUGUUAAAGCUGAACUGAGCAUACCGUAGUGCACAGGGUCAGCCUCAUCACACUCUUAUAGAAUACCCUCACACCUGAUGGCGUCAUGAAAGGACCCGUUUCCUUGAGCGUUUCACUGUGAAAGGCUUUGGUUGUGCUACGAGCCUUUUGAAACCCGUUAAAACACAUUUGGCGAUUACUUCUGAAGAAACGGGGGACCAGAUUGAUACUCUUUGUAGUUCCUGCCGACUAAUGUGUGUUUACAUUCCCUCUGUGUCAGAAUAGCAGGCGUCUUAGUUCUACUGCAGCCAACAUUCUUUUUUUUUUAAAGAUGUUAGCUUUAUUGCAGACAUCCCAGAGGAGAACACAAGGCAGUCAUCCCAGCCCUUGAAGCUACCGUCUGUUUCCAGCUUGAAUUCUCUGAUUGCUCUUCUCAGAUUCUACUCCGGCCACUUCAACGGUGUUCUGUUUUGUCCUUGCUCCAAAACCAGGCAGCCACAGAUGUAAUCAGCGCCAAUCAGCCUUUCUCUCAGUGGCAUGUUGUUCUCUCGAUUUGUGGACAGUUCAGUGCACACAAUGUAAAAUCAAUAAGGAGGCAGUUUGCCUACCUUUGGGAAGAUGGAAACCCCUCCAUCUUGGUGUUGGUGCUUCUAACAUCUGGCAGUAAUGUAGAGAGAUGCAGUUGUAAAAUGCAAGCAGGUGUUCCUUUUUGUGUAAUGCCUAUAGUAAUAUUUCUGAACAUGGAUGAAUUAAUUGUGAACUUAAUUAAUGGAUGUAUGGUUGGUCAUGUUACUAUAACAAAGCAUGUGUCCCAAGCUGUGUGUGUGUGUUAUCUGCAGGUAAAUAUCUAAUCCACUCAGGGAAUUUCCUCCAUCCGUUCUGUACUUAUGUUCAAAUAUCUUUCCAACUGUCUUUCCAACUGUAGAAGCACAAUUAAACGCCAGAUAACAACUACGUCAGAGUUGUUGCAUGGUUGAUGUACUUCAUCCUGCUUAUACAGUGAGCCUUCUGAUCAGGAGGAGCAGGACUCUAGGUCUGUCUCCUAGCCCUGGUCCUGGGGGAACACUGUAUACUGUUUCUUGCUCAAAGUACAAUUAAUUGAUUUUGAUUUAGCUGUUCAAUAAGUUCUGAUUUACAUUUCCUUGGAUAAAAGAUUAAUCAAGAUGAAUUGGGUGUUAGGUCUUUUUAACAAUUAGGGUUAUUAUGAAGAGCCCCCCUUCUUUUUGUAAAAGACAAUUUAUGGUAACAAAGCAGUGCCCCGCACUCCCAAAAACUGGCUUGAACAGACCACAUUUCUCACCUACAUUUAUUUGACAUGUUUUAGUUAAUGUUGGGCCCUUGAAUUCAGUUGAAGUGGCUGUCUCAAACUUUUGAUUGUUCAAUUAUUCUUGGCCUUAAAACAGUUUAUCGAGCAUCUGCUUCAUUCUGUCAAGUUGAAUAAUAAUUUAGGGAUCAAAACUAAGCAGGAUGUCAAGCCAAUACUCAGUUACAUCUUAACCAAACAGUUAAUUUAAAGUUUAGCUUUAACAAACAAGCAUUCAUCAACAGGUAAUGCUGUUGUAAUUAUUUUAAAAAUGACUCAGGCUGCAAGUUGAACUAGCUGAAUAGUUUUUAUUGAAUUCAGCAAAUACCAUCAGCGAGUCAUCAGUAUAUACCUGACAUCUUCCCAUUUCCCAUUUUUUCACCAAUUGUAGUUGAAUAGCUGCUAAUUGCAGACUUGUGUUCAACACACCACUGCGACUUGGUAAGGUGUGGCCCAUUGCAGUAACCUGCCCGCCUUUGCCAAAUUAUAAUUUCCUUCCAUUUGUAUAGCAUGUGUUCCCUAAGACCCAGGUCAUUCGAAGAGCUCUGUCGUCUUCUCUUCAGCUUCAAGACUUGCGCAUCACUCACUCACGGAUCCAAGCUCCUUUCCCAGUGGGGUAUGGACUGAAAGUCCAGACCCUUCCUUGGCAUAACAUUAAGGACUUCAAAUGCAUUAGCCAUUUUUCAGGAUUCAAAUUCUGUGCAGUUUUACUCCAGUAUGAGUGAGCAGGGCACCGGACCCUUAUUUGUAUAUAGUCCUGUUUUGUGUGCUCCUUUAAGUAACAGCUCCCUCCAAAGGUAUGUGUGAUUUAUGAAUGUAUGGAAUGGAUAUGAAGCCAGUCUAACUGCUUAUAACAGCUAAUGUACUUGUUUACAAUGUACCUGUGUGGGCCUGCUGUCUAGAAUGACCCGUAGCCCUGUCAUAAGAAUGUACUGUAUGCUAUAUUUACUGGUGAGAAAAUAUAAAGGCGUGGUCUUAUGUUUUAUAUCGGCUAUAAUGAAGCAUAUAUGCUCUGACAGGUGACAACCUUUUAAAAAAAGAUGGUAAAAUAACUGCAGUUAAAAUGGGAAACAAAAAUAGGAAAUUGCUCAUUUCUAAGAAUCAAAAUCGCAUUUGUAUUUAUAGAGGAGCUGAUAAUACAAUGAAAAACAUGUUUGGUGUGCUCUAACUCUGUCCAAACAAAAUGUAUGGUUAUGUAAGUUAUUGUCAUACUUUCAAGAUUAUUUCCAGAUCAGAUAUUUCUUACAUUUCAGAGAUGUUAAUUUGCUAUUGAAAUAAUAAAAUUGUGAUGUAUCCUG